AUGUCACCGACAAUUGGCAAGAAAAAGCUGUUUCAGGCAAGAAGAAAACUUCCAUCGAAAGGGAAUCAUGGAAGCACACUAUCAGAUACCAGCUGGGAGUCAUAUGUCAGCGAUGGAACGUCGAAUGAAGAUGCGAGUCCAUAUGUGAGCGAUGUAUCGUCGGGUGAAAAUACCGAAGCAAAAUUGGGAGACCAAAUGAGCGAGGUUUCUCGAGUUGUCGAAGAUGAAGAUGAAGACGGAGAGGAUUGCGAGUUCCACAUCUACGAGUCGAAAUACGACACCCGUGGAGAACAAAUUUUGCUUCGAGUGGGAGCUAAAUCACAAUUCAACGUUGAGAAGAACAGGAGCCAUCGAGCGUGCCUUGUUCUUACCCGAUACUACUUCCGCCAAAGCCGUGGGUUUUAUUCGAACCUCAAAGUCCAAUCCAAGCACAUUAUCAAAGCAUUGAAAGAUGUCAUUGGCUCAUAUCCCGGGGAAGAUUUUGACACAGCAACAGUCAUUAUCUCAGUACCGCCGAAAUGCCUGUUCCACUAUCGCAGGGAGCUGAAGGCCUACGCAGAGAAAUCCGACGACACCAAAAUCAAGGAUCAUGUCUCUUUAUGUCUGAAAUAUGUGGAAAAGACAAUGGCAGAAGAAAUCAGGAUAUUCGAAGAAGGUAUCCAAGAUCCAUUCGCGCUUCAACUCGAUCUGACUCGUUUAUGGCUCAUCUUCAAGCCGGGAUGUUUGAUUUACGAAAAUCAUGAUGGUAUAGACAUCGUGUCCAAAUUACAAACGAUAACUGAAAAUGAUGAUGAUGAUGAUGAGACCGGAUUGAUCGGAUGGCAUGUAUGGACAGAACGAGUGCUGUACAAUGGUGAAGCCUUCGGUCACAUUGAAAAGUACAGCUGGAUAGAUAAAUUCGAGGGGCGUCAGGCUGUUAAGCAUUUCACCGUCUUUCCGUUGCUCUUCCAUCCGGAGGCGGAUCGCAUUCAACACUUAGCAGAGCAGAGGGGCCGCAAGUACUUAUCCUUCUGCGGAGUCCAUUACUGUCUCUACAAUGGUCUUGCACGAUUCCAAGAAUCAUCCACAUUUUACAACUCAGGGGCUAACAAGGUUCACGUCACACAUCGAAUCAUUUUGGAUCCCAAAGCAUACAGACACUUUAAGGAUAGCAGCUGGGACGACUUCGUCCAGGGCACCAAGAUUCCUGUUAAAGAUCCUCCCGAGCUUUCAAUUGAACAGUUGAUGAUAUGCACGCACGAGAUACGUGGAUACGCCCUUGAGUCGAAAAAAUGGGGUAUCUUCAAUAUCGAGUGCGUUCAAGAUAUGCAGUUCAACUCAAAGGCAUUCCAAGGUCUAAUGUUUGAGGAGAACAAGAAAAGACUGAUCCAUUCUCUCGUAUCGCAACACGGCAUGGAAAGUGAUGAUUUUGAUGACCUUGUUAAAGGCAAGGGCAAAGGCUUGAUAUUCCUUCUGUACGGUCCCCCCGGUGUUGGAAAGACUCUCACUGCAGAAAGUAUUGCCGAUCUGACUAAACGGCCUUUGUUCACUAUCAACUCUGGGGAUGUGAUUGGCAAACGCAAUGCUGAAGAAGCCCUUACAAGCACUCUCAGACUCGCGACGAGCUGGAACGCGGUCGUGCUGCUCGACGAAGCCGAUGUCUUCAUGCAGCAGAGGAACCUCGCUACGCCAUUUGCAAACGAACUUGUUGCGGGUACGGGUCCUACUCCAGCCACAUUCGUGUGCUUGCUUGCUCAUUCGCUCUAG